AUGGUUCAGAACGGAGGAGACUUCGACCUCGACAUCGACAUGGCUACCGACGUCACGGCCGAACAGCUGCUCACUCAGCUUGGUCAACUCCAGCAGCGGAUCCAGGAGUUGGACCAGAGAGACAAGGCUGCUCAAGCUCGAAUCAAGGAACUCGAGAAUCGCGAAAAGUACUCGCAGAAGUUGAACGUCACCGAAGUAGCAGCCACGAGCUACGAAGACAAGGACAGUGACACGGACAGUCUCGGACACGACGGCAACGGUGAAGACGAACAAGCACCGUACUCCGAACUGGUCACUGUGGACCCAGAGACAGGUCUUGCCGAAUGGGACAUGGCAGGAGAGUAUGCGCCGCCAAUUUCAAUUCUCCCAACCUUAAGGCAGUGGGGUUUCACAGAACGAAUCGAAUGGUACCGCAACGAAGUUUUCCGACUUAACACGGAACUGCGCGAACGGAAUGGGCGCUUGACUCGACUCGCCCAGCAGAGCGAUGAGAUGAAGGACGAAAUGAGGGAACUCCGACGUAUCGUGGAAACCAUCAAAGGGGAACAGCCUGUGACAUAUGAUGGGCCCGAUAGCUACGCCGAGCACUUUGACGAUCAGCAACUUAGCCACGACGUACGGAACCCCGAAUACUAG